GUCGAAUCAGAACGGGUACGCCGUACGGAAAAGUUUAAGAAUUAUUGGAUUGAAGUAGUCAAUGAACGUAAAAUAAGACGAGAAAUUUCUGAGUAUAAAGUAGAAAAAGACCAUGUCAACCAACAUGAACUUGACUAUGGGCAUAGCUACAACGACAAUGAAAUAAAUUCUUCUGCUACUGAUGCGGGUGGUUCUUCUGGGGGUAGUUCUUUGGGUACUUUAGGUGGUUCUGAGAAACCCAAAGUUCGAAAAGUUACAAGAAAAAUGAAGGGUGCGAUACCAUCCCGAAUAAGAGAGAAUGAUCUUCGGAAUAUAGAACGUACACGUUAUAAUUAUGGAGCCCCUUCGAGGAAGCGUAAAAAUAAAUCCGUGUCACAAACACUAUCACACUCACCUUCACGACCACCACUAUUAAUGUCACCUUCUUCACAGCAACUACAAUCACUGCCACCUUCUCCACAGAUACUACCAUCACUGUCACCUCCUCCACGAUCAUAUAUUAUAGGUUCCUCCGAUGAAGAGGAGGAACCACCAAGAAAAAAGAAAUGUUUGAAUUGUCCUCAACAUUGCCCAGGACAAGAAACUACUUAA